AUGUUUUUGAGGAAUAGAUUUCAUUCUCUUCGUAAAUUGGCUUAAUUUUGCACAGCUGAGAGCGUCUCAGGAAAGAAAACCCCUGCAACAUCAACCAAAUAAGGUAACGUUGAAAGAAACUACUAAUUACAAUUCUCCAAGUCAGCAUUAGUGGAUUUUGGAGAAUUACCAACAGGUGAAAUUCCUGAAGCCUUAAAAUAUGACAGACCACAAGCUUUAACUUAAUUGGACACUGGUCUUAGAGUAGUCUCAGAAUAAUACAAUUCCCCAUUAGCUUCAAUUACAGUAGCUGUGAAAGCAGGAUCAAGAUUUGAAACUUUAGAAAGCUCAGGUGUUUCAAAUUUCAUCUCAAAAUUAAACUUAAGAGGCACAACAACUAAAUCAAGAGAAUAGGUUGAAGCCGAAAUUGAUUACUUGGGAGGAGCAUUGAAAGUUAAAUAAGGAAGAGAAUUAUAGACUUACACUCUCACCUUUUUGCCAUCAGAACUCGAGAGAGCAGUAAGCUUUUUAGGAGACAUUUUGACAAAUUCAUUAUAUUCACCAGCUUAAAUUGAAGCAGAAAGAGAAGGAAUUUAUAGAGAAUCAGUUAGCAUCAAUGAUUAAUACAGAGUUGUAGCUGAAGCUGCUCAUUAUACAAAUUAUAGAGAUCAUUAUCUUGGUUAACCAGCAGCAGGAAUUAGAGAUAAUAUUCCAAAUGUUACUGAAGAAUAAAUAAGAUAAUUCCACAAAGCCAAUUUUGUUGCACCCAACGUAAUUGUCUCAGCUGCUGGUAAUGUUAAUCAUGAAGAUUUGGUUUCUGCAGUCAACAAGGCAUUCAAGGGAUUGGGUACAUCUGUUCCAACUGAAGUCCCAAAUUCAGAAAAGCCAUAUGCCACCCCAUCCAUUAUGUUAAUGAAAGACGACGAAUUAACUAAUUUGAAUGUUGGUGUUUUCUUCGAUGCUCCAGGAUGGAAUCACCCAGAUGUUUUUGCUCUCCAUUAUUUCUAAAGACUUAUUGGUGAUUAUAGAGCUGACAAACACACAGGAUUCCAUUUGAAUUCUCCAAGCAGAUAAUAUAACACAAUGCAUUCACUCCUUGGUGGAUUACCAGAUGUUACAUACUAAAGAUGCGCUUAUUAUGCAUAUUCAGACACUGGUCUUUUUGGAAAUUACUUGAUUGGUAAUGAAGUCUUUGCAACAUAAAUGGCAUAUAUCAGUCAAAUGGUUUUAUCUGAUUAUGCUUCAUCUGUAGGCUAAGUAGAAGUUUUCAGAGCCAGAGCUAAGGUGUUUAAUGAAUUAUUGAGUUAAGAAAGUUCAGCCAAAUAAUCAAGAGAAAUUGCUUAAUAAGUCUUCUAUUGGGGAAGAAGAGUACCAAGAAGUGAAUUUGCUCGAAGAAUCUCUGCUCUUGAUGCUGGUCAUUUAACUAGAGUUGCUACUAGACACUUCUGGGAUAAGGACAUUUCUGUUGUCGUAUGGGGACCAACUCACUUGUUAGAUGCUGUUGCUCAUUACAAUAGAUCAUGGAAGAGAAGCACUUUGGGUGGGUAUGCAUAGCCAUACUAUGAGGGUUGAUUCAUUAAAUAAUAAAUAUAAAGUUUAUU